AUGGUCCUUCGCGAUGCGGUAGCCGUCUCUGCACCGGGCAAGGUCCUGCUGGCGGGCGGCUACCUGGUGCUUGAUAGAGCCUAUACCGGCCUUGUGUUUGGGCUGGAUGCGAGGAUCCAUGUUGUUGCGCAGCCGAUCCCGACGACUAAUGGUGUGGUGUUGAAUGAGGUUGUGGUGACUUCGCCGCAGUUUGAGGAUGCCGUUUGGGAGUAUGGCUAUCGACUGGUGGGCAGGGGAGGUGGGAUGAGUGUCACGCAGUUGCGAGUCGACGCAGACCUUAGCCUUAACCGCAACAUUUUCAUUGAGACCGCCUUGGGAUAUGCCCUCAGCUACAUCGCUGCAGUGUGGAGCCCGCAAAUCACACCCGCUUCAAUCACAAUCCUGGCAGACAAUGACUACUACUCGACUCCGGAUGAACUUCCCAGUGGCCAUACGAAUGGAGACACCGCGCCAAAGCAACGCUUCCACAACUUCGGCGUCCCUCUGUCAAAAGCACACAAGACAGGCCUAGGCUCAUCAGCAGCGCUCGUCACAUCUUUCACAGCAGCCGUGCUCUCAUACUACCUCCCGAAGGAGCACUUCGACUUAUCAACGGAGACUUCCAGACGCCGCCUCCACAACCUUGCACAAGCAGCUCACUGUGCAGCCCAAGGCAAAGUAGGCUCUGGCUUCGACGUCGCCAGCGCAGUCUACGGCAGCUGCCUGUACCGUCGGUUCUCGCCCGACAUCCUCGCAUCAUCAGCAGACCCAGGAGCAGAAGAUUUCGCCAAUGCACUCAAGCACCUCAUCAACGAGACAACCGAAAACAGCUCGAGCGAAGCAGCCUGGGACACAGAAAUCCACCGUGACGCCGUCAAAGUCCCCAAAGGCCUCCGACUAGUCAUGUGUGACGUCAGCUGCGGAAGCCAGACCCCAGGCAUGGUGAAGAAGGUCCUCGCAUGGCGGAAGGAAAAUCCCGAGGAAGCGGACGCCAUCUGGUCCGACCUCCACGAAGCGAACGAGAGUCUGGCAAAGGAGAUGAAGGCGCUGGCUGAGUCGCAAAUCUUCGGACUGGAGAGAUUACGGACGUGCUUCACCCGCAUCCGCCGCGGCAUCCGAGCAAUGAGCCAGAAGAGCGGUGUGCCUAUCGAACCACCCGCUCAGACGGAGUUACUCGAUGCCUGCGAAGCCGUGCAAGGUGUAGUCGGCGGCGUCGUGCCCGGCGCGGGGGGCUACGACGCCAUCUCGCUCCUGAUCGAAGACAAGGCGGAGACGGUCGCGGAGCUGGAGAAGCUGCUUAAGAACUGGGAGUUCAAGGGUGAGGAAGGUGGGGGGAAGGUGACGAUCCUUGGGGUGAGGGAGGAGAUGGAGGGGGUGCGGAUGGAGCGGUGGGGGGAUUAUGCGGGGAUGGUUAUGAAGUGA